AAACUACCAUUGUACUUGUUACAUUUCCUGUUUUUUACUGUUUCCUGAAUUCUUAACUGAUAAUCUUUUAUUUACAAAAACAAGGAAUAUGACUAUUCAAGCCAUAAGUUAUAUGGUUUGUCUGUUCCUGCUGUCUCGACCAGCUUCUCCUGCUUCCGUGCGCCUUGUCGCCAGUCUUACUUGUGUUAGUGUUCCUGUUUUGUUUUUGUCUUGUUUAAAGACCUUUUUGUAUAUUAAAUCCCCUUUUUGUUAACAAUCAGGACGGGCUUUUUCCGAUGAUGGACAGAUGAUCAACAGUAACGUAAUCAACCACGUCACGAAAGAGCGCAUGGGCCCCGGUCUCUUUUCUCUGAUGCCUCAGAUGAACACGCUUCUUCAGCCUAGUCUCCUUCGUUCCAACCGUGUUAAGUUCUUACAGGACCGACAAAUGCGAUACGAUAUGAUAUAAAUUAUCAAAUAUGCAUUAACUCAAGUAAAAGUAUUAAUACACUAAGAGUACCACACUAACUAUUAUUUUUGUAUAAGGUAAGGAGCUUAUUGUUUUUAAAUAUAUUCAAAGUAUUCAAAUUCAGAGUACUUGCUUAAUGUAUCCUAUCCCCCAAUGCAGUGUAAUACAUCAUAUGGAGUCUCUGCAGUGGCCUCUUCUGAAUCCAUUGGAGGUGUUAGUGAGUGGUGCUGCUACAGGAGGCUGGGUCUCACGUUACCUGCCCGCUCUGAUAUUAAUCAGUGGACCAAUUCCUUGAGAAUUAGUUAUUGAUUUCUUUGAAAAAAAGUUGUGUGAACAACUGAGCACGUACCUCAAUACAUUGUGAUAGUGGAGUACAGGUACAUGAAAAACGUACAGUAACUAAGUAAAUGUACUUUGUUGCAUCACACCACAGAGUGUGUUUCCACAUGAGUCAGUAUGUAGUGGCUAUAAAUGCACUCUUGAUAACAUUGGUUUACUGUUACUGCUCAAAUUAAUGAAAUAGAUGACUGUGAAUACCAAAAACAAAGCCUGUUGCAUGUUGGACCUCUUUCCUGGAAUAGAUGGCAGUUUGUUUUGUUUGGUUUUGACUGAAGAAUACGUCUACAGUGGCCUGUGUCGAUUGUGGGUGUCUGACAGAACCAACAAAAGGCUGCGUGCUUUCACAGGCUCCGCCAACAGCUGUCUGGGUGAGACUGCCCAGCAGAGCGCAGACUGGGGCGGGGGAAUGGCUCCGAGGUUGAAAGCAGUGAGUUCAGCAGCCGCAGCCCGCAGAUGCUGCUUUACUGUGGCAAACCAGAUAGUAAGGGACAUAGGUCAAGCAUUCGAUGGAUUUAUUUAGCUUCCUUUGGUUGGGAUAGUGGAGAAGACAACGGGGGGCUAUAUGUCUUUGCAAGGCACUUUUGAAGUCGUGCUCCCAACCCUAUCUCUGCCGAUGGAAGCGGAGCGCAGUCGGAAUAAGGAGCUGUUGGAGGCCAGUCUGGCCGGGUUGUGUGAGCUGGAGCUGCUCAAACAGAGGCAAGAAUGCCGAGUGCUCAGCGCCCUCUGCCUCGGGGACUCUCGUGUUCCUGUGGGUCCGCCGUGGGGAGCUCUACGGUCGGCCCGUUGCGCCCUGGACGCACCAGACGGCAACGCGUCGGAGGAAAAUGGCCUCGGGAUUCAGACUAGACGUCUCCAGUGCACUCCAUGGGGUUUAAAGUUUUCUUUAGAACAACAGGUGGCGGAACUGAAGGUGAACUCACAGGUCAAUACAACAACACUUUAUCUGGGGGAUAACAGACCCAGUUCAGGAGAUGUCCUUGUAACGCAGAAAAAAGGAUCUCCUGAAUCAAAUAAUCAACCUGUGAUCCCAAGUUCCCUCUUAGUCCCUGAGGGUACACAAGAGACAGAGAUAGGAGAAUCAUGGCAAUCAGACACGACGAGACAAGCCACGGUUACUGAUGCCUUUGGGGUGAUAUGGAAUGAUGAUCCCAGUCAGGAAGAUUAUCAACAAGCACAAAAAGUAGAGAAUUACAUAUUCAGUCUUAUCCAACGCAGAGUUUUACCCAUGCGCCCCUCCAAGCCCCGCACCAGCCUCUCACAUGAUGCCCGAGUUGUCAAUGUUGUGAGGCAGAGUAGUUCGUGCCGUAAGGAAGAACAAGAUUCACUAAAGCAGGUGUCUGUUCAACAGAUCUCAACUCUGUCCCAGUGUUCAGAGGGAGCUGCCUCACAGGCUUGCCAAAAUGUGGAUCAGAAAUGUCAGCUUGGGACAGAGUUUAAUGAAGAGGCCUCACCCUUAUACCACAACCACCUCCUCCAAAGUGUCCCGUAUCAACCAGGAUUUUAUCACAAGCCAAGGCAGGCCUCUAUGGUUCACACAUCCAGCUCAACCUUGCCAGAUUAUCGAUCUUGCAGUGUGCAGCCAGCCAAACAAGACUCCAGCAAUAGUGAAACCGAUUCAACCCUGAUUCACAACUACCAGCCAGCUUCAGCUGUGUCAAAGUCUCACUAUCCACCUUCUCCUGAUGGGCAGUUGGUCAAUGCAGAGUAUAUUCCAGCUCAGCCCUGUCGAGCCUACACCAGAGCUUAUGCUCAGUAUCACUCCAAUCCCCAGAAGGGCUCUGGGAUACUUAAACCUAACAGAAGCAUGUUUUCUCCAGAAGGAAACCAAAAUCAUGAAGAGCAGCAGCCAACAGCUUCUCAGGUCCAGCCCUCCCGAUGUCGGGGGGGCCCAAAGAAGUGCCGUUUGAAUGAAGAGAGAAGUGGUGCCACAAAGAGGCUAGGGAAGAAGGCGUGUAGGUCACAGUCAGAGAACAGCUUGCAAAGGGCUCCAGAGCGCAAGUACAAUUCGGUAGAGAGGGAUGGUGGAGAAAGUGGGAGUGGUGGAAGGGGAAGCCGGAGUAGUCAAUCCAGGAGCAAGAAACAACAGCAAGGAAGUGGUAGCUGUCGGCGCUGGCAGUCCAGUCUUGAGCUCAGCCAAGAUGAAGCUGACCAGCUGCCCGUACCAGCACAUGUGGCAAACCAAAGGGAGCCUUGUCCUAGGCGCACACGCAAAUCUCGUACACAUGCAUCAUAUGUCUCUCCACACCGCAACCAUAAUCUCCUCCAACACUCACACCAUCAUCAACCCAUGGAGUACCAGUUAGAGAGGGAUCAAGUGCCACUGUGUAAGCCAAGUGAGAACUACCUUCAUCAAGAUCAGGGUGAGUCUGAGUCAAGCAUGAGCGAGGCUGACUCUCCAGACUCCAGCUCGUUAUCCAGUGACUCAGAUGAAAGUGGUGGUCUGGUUUGGCCCCAACAACUCCCCCCUCAACUUUCCCUCCCAUCACCUCCGGCCCCACCUGGAGCCCCAAUGCAGCCCAAAGCUUUUGUCAAGAUUAAGGCCUCACAUGCCCUUAAGAAGAAGAUCUUGCGCUUCCGCACUGGUUCGCUGAAAGUAAUGACCACUGUAUGAAGUGGAAUAAUGGCCAAAAUAAAGUAAUAUGAGCUGUCAAGCUUUGGACUAUGUAGUAGCAUGACAGAACACAAACUGUGAACACAACAAAAAUGUUAAUUAGGUAUGAUAUGAAAAUCUAUAUAAUAAAUCUAUAUAAUAAUUCUACAUGGAAGUAGUCUGACCUUCUGACUGAAUUGAUCGGAGGGCUUUAGAUCACCCUCAACAAGCAAUGAAAGAAAUGGCCAUCACCAUAUCAGUUAUUUGUUUAACAUUUUGUAUGUAAAAUUGUUUAUUAAGUGUAAUAGUGUAACAGUUAAUAGUGGAUGGAAGUUUGGAUGACUCAUGCUUUGUCAAAGGAUAGCCUGAUCUAAUGAAAUAUCAAAGCACAUGUCAACCCGAAUGUCUUGGAAGUCACAGUAUUUCAUAGUUUUAGCUUUCAGCCAUACUCAGAUAAAUGUUCAAUAUACAAGCGUUUUUAUGAGCUGUUGGUUCUCAUGCAAUGCCAUUUUUAUAUUUUCAUGCAAAUUUUGUUAUUUUUAUUCUUGUUUUCCUUUUUGUGUGGAUUGUAUGUAUGAGCGAUCUAAGUUGGUAACAUCGGACCUUUAACUUUAACCUUUUAAUGAGUAACUGUCGGAUCAUUAACAUAACAUUGGACCUUGACAGCAAAGCCCCGGUCAGCUUUGGUUUUGAACAAGGAAUAUCUAAACAUUACCUUAUUAGAAGAUCUCAGGCUACGGGCUGGUGAGUACUGAUUUAGUAUUGUAACUUGAGGCAAAAAAAGCAUCAGCAAUUGGUGGGUGGCAGACAUUAGCAUUAGCUUUACACUCUCUAAGGAAGGCAAUGGUUCGACCAGUACAUGUUUGCCGUAAAAAAGAAACUCAUCACCCUAUGUCAUUUAUGUUCAAUUCUGAGUAUUUACUGCCACUGAUGGCUCCAGAUGUUGGCUGGGGAGGUUGGUGGUUGUCAUCAGCCAUCAAUAACAGUAACUUGAAAGUGAAUCCAGGUCGUCGCAAACUUUAUGAAACUACCCUGUGUAAAAUGAUCAGAGACAGGUAGUGAAAGUGAUCCUCUGCUCUUAUUGAAUGUGACUCUUAAAAAAAUGUAUCAACCUUCUUCUCUAAUUCUGUUGUUUUUUAUAAAUUAAUUUUGGUAUUUAGGGAAGUUGCAUUUACACGACAGGUGUUUUCCCCAUGUAGAAAGAGGCUUAGUUAUUUUACUAGACAGGUGAAAACUGCUGCAUGUUUAAAGAGUAUGUUUUCAUUGCCAUGAAGUCAGCCUUAAUUUUAAAAGAAGGAUCCUUUGUCUCCCACUUUCCCAUGCAAGUUUAACUCCUAUUUAUCCAUCAUCUUUAUCCACUCUCAACAAACAUUUACAUGUGCACAUUGUGUGCAUUAUUAUUGAUGUUAUUAACUUUAUCUGUCAGCCAUGGCCAAAUAUGAAACUGAAAAGGAGUGGUUCUGGUGGAAGUACAAGUUAUUACAAUACAAAGGGCCUCUGAAUUUGCAGCUGAGUUAAUUAUUGUAAUUUUUUAUAGCAGCACACAAAACACAGUAAGACACAACAGUAUCUUUAAAUUAUCUUUAGAAAAUGUUCGUGGGAUUAUGUCUCACUUACAGAGCAACUUUGUACUAUUAUAUAUAUAUACCCUAUUGAAGGGUGCUGAAUGCUAUCCAUUUUUCAAUUCUAACGUUUUAAUAUUAAUAAUAAUUACAUGGUUGCCUGCACAAGAAUGUAUUUAAUGUUACAAUGUCACUUUCAGUAUUUGACAGUAUUAUCAUUUUACAUGCACUACCCAACUCACUAUGAGCUUCCUUUUGAAUGAAAAUUGUAAUGUGGUAUAUACAAUGUGUUUUAGAAAAUAAAGAUAUAUCAAAAGAUAACAUUUGUGUUUCUUAAAUAUUCUAGAAGAAAAACAAUAACCACUAGUUUCAUCAGUUGACGCUCGUUCACUCCCUCACUAUAUGUAUAUUCAGACCACACAUCACGACACAGGCAUAGAAAACACACACAGCACACAAGUGAUCGAAAAGAAUAGUUGUUCUCACACGCACUGGACUGAGGAGAUCCUCCACGUUUUCUCUGGCUGGACUGUACCAACUGCACUUUUUUGCUGCACAAAGGAACCGUGCACUUGCAUGGCCAUUACACAAGACAUGAGUUUAUCAGAAAAAAAGUCAAUUUAAAGAUAGAAAUAUUAUAGAUGCAUUUACUUAAACUGAGUUAUAGCAGACUAUGGCACGUGACUCCUACAACAAGUGUGUGUGCUUUUACAUAUAUCUUUGUGAGGACCAGCUUGAACAUACAACCUUCUUUUUCUUUUUUUGCAAUGGAUAGAUUUAUUGUCCCUCACUGAGACGUGGCUGCAUCCUGAUGAAUAUGUCAGUCUAAAUGAAUCUACUCCCCCCAGUCAUAUAAAUUCACAGGUUCCUAGAGAAAUUGGGCGAGGAGGUGGAGUUGCUGCUAUUUUUAACUCCAGUCUAUCAAUUAAUCCUAAACCUAAACUCAGCUACAAAUCAUUUGAAUGUCUGGUUCUUAGUCUUCCACGCCAAUCCAGGAACCACCAACAGCCAAUCAUAUUUGCCGUAGUUUACCGUGCUCCCAGGGCUUAUACUGAAUUUUUAAAGGAAUUCCCUGAGUUUUUAUCUAACUUAGUCCUAAAGACCGAUAAAAUUAUUAUUGUUGGUGACUUUAAUAUUCAUGUUGAUAAUAAUAAAGAUUGCCUUAGCGUAGCAUUUAUUUCAAUACUAGAUUAUAUUGGUUUCAGUCAGUGUGUGCACAAACCUACUCAUUGUGGUUAGACAGCUUCUCUCUGAUCACCCGUGAUCAGUUUACCAAAUUAAUCUCAGGUUCUAAACCAACAACCUGUAUCUUAGAUCCCAUUCCUACCAAAUUACUUAAAGAAAUUCUGCCCCUAAUUGAUAGUUCGUUACUUAACAUUAUCAAUCUGUCAUUAUCAUCAGGUUAUGUACCACAGUCUUUUAAAUAGCUUUCAUCAAACCCCUACUCAAAAAACCCACCCUAGACCCAGAGGUUUUAGCCAAUUACAGGCCAAUAUCUAAUCUCCCCUUCAUUUCUAAAAUCUUAGAAAAAGUUGUUGCCAAUCAGCUGUGUGAGUUUCUCCAGGAAAAUAAUAUAUAUGAAGACUUUCAAUCGGGGUUUAGAGCCAAUCACAGUACAGAGACAGCCUUGGCUGACCUUUUAAUAGCCUCAGAUCAGGGACUUGUGUCUGUCCUCGUUCUGUUAGAUCUCAGUGCAGCAUUCGACACAAUUGACCAUCAAAUUUUAUUACAAAGACUCAAACAGUUAAGUAACAUUAAUGGAACCGCCCUUAACUGGUUUAAAUCGUAUUUUUCUGAUCGCUCCCAAUUUGUGCAAAUUAAUGAUGAGUCAUCUGUGCGCACCAAAG